AUGGUUUGCUGUCCCUUGAGCCCCUUGGAGUCCAGUUCCAUGGACUUCGAGGCAUUGGGCAUAGGGCUGCGAGGCGGCAAGCUUUGGGGCUUGGCCGGGGCCAUUUCCAGACUUGGCAAAAGGCACCAAUGGGAUGAGGCACUGCAUCUGCUGGAAACAGUUGACCAAGCCUGCUGGCCAAUUCGACCAGACGCUGCAGCAUUCAAUGCGGGCAUGAAAGUCAUGGCCGUGCUUCGUAGAUGGCGGCAAGUGGUACAAACUUUCGAACGCAUGCAAGACAUGCUGACCAGACCGACCGUCGUCACCCUUGGGAGCGUGAUGAACAGCCUAGUUCAAGGCAGCAGGAGGAGUCUUUUCGGCAAGACCUGGCUACGAGCCACGGCCCUCCUUGCCGAGUCCAAAAUUGCGAUGCGUGGCGACGGCGUGGUGCUGCUGAAUACUCUCCUGGCAGCCAGUGGCAUUGAGGACUGCUGGCAGGUCAGCAUGCAAACCCUGCAGGAGGCAGCUUGGCUGCUUGUUGAAACAGAUGUCAUAUCAUGGAACUCUGCGGUGGCAGCUUCGCAGAAGAGAUGGACAAACGGGCUGCUUUGCAUUGCCUCGCUGCGCGCGUGCUCUUUGGUUUGUGACGCCAUCUCCUUCAACUCUGCAGCACGCUGCUGUGCAGGUGCGCUGCAGUGGCAACGAGUACUUCUUUUCAUGGGCACCCCCGGCAUGCUCAGCACUCCAGGUAUAAAUGCAGGCAUGACCAGCCUUUCUCGAAGAAGCUUGUGGCAGCAGGUUGUCAAUGUUUUGGGGAGGCUUACGUCUGGCUUUGAUGGCCUACGAGCAGACACUCUCUCCGUCGGAACGAGCAUGGAUGCCCUUCAGAUCGCCAAACUCUGGUUCAGAGCACUGGAUGCAGGCUUCAUGUGGGAGGAAAGGGGCCUGCUGCCAGAUACGGCCACUUGGAACAGGAUGUGCACAAGCAGCUCCACGACGAGCUGGCAUCGAGCCUUCGUGGCACUGGACCGCUUUCAGCUCAAGUUCUUAAGGUCAGAUGCCGUGACUUAUUGCUCUCUGGCUUCAGCGUGUAGCUCCUUCAGCGGUUGGAGACAGUCUGUGUGGGUGCUGACGAAGUCCUGGCACAGUGACGUCAUGAACCCACCUACAAAGACCCACCUAGAUGACCUCUUGUUGCCGGUGAUUUCACUUGGAGCUUGUGUCAAAGGUGCAAUGUGGGAAAGUGCCCUAGAACUCGCAGAUAGCAAGCUGGUGAAGUCGCAGAGCCUUUCGGGCCCAUUGGGCACUGGCUUGGUGUCCUUGACAGAGGGCCAAAGCAAGCUCUCGCAAUGGGAAGCAUCAGUCCAGCUCCUGGAGCAAGAGGCUUGGCGAGAUGGAAAGCCUGCCUUACAAGUCUUCAGCGCGGCAGCCAGCACCAGCCUCGAGGCGAGCUGUUGGCGUGUGACGCCGCAGCUGCUCCAGCGAAUGCGGGGGACUUCUUUGCGCAGCGACGUCAUAAGCCUCAACUCUGCAGCCGCGAGCUGUGGGGCUGCCACACAGUGGCGAAUCGCAGUGUCCCUGUCCGACGAACUCCGGCAGGUCGCCCUUGAAUGGAGCGAUGUCACUUAUGGACUUCUUGUCUCAGCCUGCUCGAGCAGGUGGCGCAUGGCCAUAAAACACAUCUCCGAUGUGCCAGAAUCAUGGCUGUCGAGCGCCACACUUGGUUCCGCGAUCAGCUCAUGCAGCAAGGGGACGCGCUGGAUGGAAGCUUGGAGUCUUUUUAUACAGCACGGCUUGGCUCAGAGAGCCUUUGACCGCUGGUACCCGGCCUUUGAAGCUGCUGUUUCGGCAUCCUCCUUUGCAGGCCAGCACCGGACCACACGCCACCAGUUAGCGCUA